AUGGAUCUUCCAGUUGUGGUUGAUUCAGACGAUGAUGAAAUGGUCUCCCACGAACUAGAGCAAAUGAGGAGUAUACUGGAAGAGGCGAUUUUGGAAACGCGCACCAUGCCUCUCGAAAAUCGACCGCGACUUCCACGCAUACCCCUAAGCAAGCGAAAUCGGGCUGUCGUGAGGGCUCUUAACCCCAUGCUGGUAACCUAUUUGGAAGCCAGCCGGGACCUUUGCGAGACGGACUCAGUUCUUUUUGGCGCCGCCGUGGCAGCUUGCCGUAUUAUUGGCGCCAAACUUCCCCAUGGCUGGACGCGCUACUAA